UGGAAAGCACAGACCCUUUCCAUUUUUGCUGUUGCGUUGGUGAGAAGGAACCAUUUGCGAGGCUUCCCAGCUGAGCUCUGUCGGAGUGGAUGAUUCCAGAGCCAUUCUAAUGAGGGGGGGAGGAAACACAGCCCAUUGGCCAGCUGCUCGUGUGUCUGUGAAGUCAGGACUUCGUGCCACAGAAAAACAGAGCAGCAAAUCUGCAGCAUGUAGUGUUCUCGGAGCAAGGAAGCUGUCGAUUCAUUUGCAAGUGGGCUGGGACAUACCUGGAGAGCUGUAGUUUCUCCUCUUUCAUGCUUUGCUCAAGAAAUUCUUUCAACUGCCAGUAAGCAUUUACUAGUGACCCCAGCUUACUAAUGGAUAUCACUGUCUGUCUUCUGAAGAAAACCACUUUCACUGCAAUGUAUGCAUUAUUAUGUAAUAGUUACAUGUGAAAAGAAACCGGAGUCACUGGCGGAGAAUCCUGACGGUUUCCACUGGGCCUGAAUAGUUCAGCCAGUUGAUUAAAAGAAAACCAGAACCUGAAAGUGCAGAAGACAAAUUCCUCUGGCACAAUGAGCUUUGAACAAGAAGUUGACGUUGUGAAAACUGUGGUCAAUGGGCUGAUAUCAAGCACCAAUGGACAAGAGCAAGCCAUUGACGUCCAUUUAUGUGCACGCUCUAUUUCUGCUGUUAAAAUAAUCCCUGUGAAGAAAGUGAAAAGUUCUCCUGACCUAAUGCUACCUACAGACAAGGAUCCCACUAAAGUCUGCACUGGAAAAGGGACGGUGACCUUACGGGCAUCUCCAGCCUCUGAGGAAAGGCCAAGUAUCAGUCCCCCAUGUUCUCAGGAUGUCCAGCAGUCAGAAACGCACACAGCUCUGGAGACAGGAAAACCAGAAACAGAUGAUUGGAGGUUAUCCUCUAAUGGAGAUAUCCAGCCAUCUUCUCUGGCUGCCAAGGGCUAUAGAAGUGUGCGUCCCAAUCUCUCCUCAGAGGGCAAACCACAGGCCCUUUCCCCUCCCCGUCCUCCUCUUCCAAAAGAGGAAAGCUUUGCAUGGCACCCUCGCACUGACAUGAAAGUAACCAACCUGCUGCCAGUGCCCAUAAUGGACUGUGUGUACCUGAAUGCACCCAAACCUUAUACACAGCGUGUGUCACUGAGCUGCAGCAGUCAGAGUUACUCCUCAUCACCUGCACCCUUUGUGACACUCCCCAGUGGGAAGGCAUGCUUUUCCACAGGGUGUCCCCAAUCAGCCAAUUUGAUUCCCAAGGACAUGGUGCAUGCUGGGCAAUCACUUUUGGGAAGUAGCUCCUUGUUAUCGGACACUUCAUCCAAACAUCAAAACCCUGCCAGGGCAGAUCCUAGUAGUGAAGCUGGAAUGAAUUCCACGUAUGGGACUAAAGCGGAUAAAAAGGUCAGCAGUCUAUAUGUGGCUUGUUUAUCUAACAGCACUUGCUCAGCUGCAUCUGAAAAUUCCACCAGCAUUGCACAUGACCAAACAGAGAGCCCCCGUUUGGGAACUGAGGUCACUCAAACACCAGCCACCAACAUUGUUUCCUCUGUAACAGAUACUGGAAAAUCUCUUCCUCCCCCUCCUCCUGUCCCUCCCAGGCCAUACUUUAACAUUGUCCUCAGUAGAGACGCAGUUAGCUAUGGUACAAGCCAUUCCUCCAGGACUCAGUCUCCACCUCCUCAGGCUGUGAGGGACAAAGUGCUAGAGUCCCAGAGUACGGCUGGCAGUGGGGACAGGAUGAGAAAGGAACCUUACCUUACUCAGCAGCAGCAGCAGCAUCUGUACAAGGAUGCCAUUUCUACCACCACAGCUCAGCCUGAGAUUAUAGUAGUCCCACUCCUCCAGGUUAACACAGACAGAGAGCAAGAAGGCAGCUCCAGCACUCCGCCACCGCCUUUGGUACCUUUGGGGCAAGGUGCCACGUUCCCUGAGACCAUUCCUACUGGCUCACCUCUGACUUUUCCGACACUAGACGAUUUCAUUCCCCCUCACCUCCAGAGGGGUCCCCACCAUCAUCAUCUGCCCUCCUCACCUGGCAUCUUGCCCCCAGUUUGCCCGAAACUGCCAUCAUUCUCACCGCCACCUCCACUGGUGCCUCCCGUCCCGGAGGCUUUGCACAGAGUCUUGGAGCCUGAAAUCACUGGAGUCCUCUCACGUACAGACCCAUGUCCUGUGCUAAACGAAGUCUCCCCACCUCGCAUUGGCACCGAAUACCAAUCCUCGUUAACGUCAAUCAGCAAGGCUUCCUCCACCUAUCCCUCAACCACAAUUGUCAACCCUACCAUCGUCCUCUUGCAGCACAACAGAGAACAGCAAAAGCGGCUUAGUAGCCUGGCAGAUUCCUUGCCAGACAGACCAGUUGCUGAUAAAGUAGGUCCUGUGUCUGCACAGGAAAAGCCAGCUCAGGACAGUGCUCAAAGAGAGAAGCCAGCAAUGGAUGAGAAGAGAAGAGCUGUCAGGAGUCCCCCGUAUAUGGCUGAUGUCUCCGUGGAUGAUGUAGGCAUUCCACUGAGGAACACAGACAGAUCAAAGGACUGGUACAAGACAAUGUUCAAACAGAUCCACAGGCUAACUAAAGAUGAAGAUUCUGAUUCUUACUCUCCUCAUUAUUCCUAUUCUGAAGAUACAAGGACCCAGCCCUCAGUGCCCCGGUCCAAGAGUGAGAUGGACAACAUUGACCCUGACGAGGUUGUUAAGAGAUCUGCUACUCUGCCACUUCCAACUCGUACUUCAUCACUGAAAUCCAGCCCAGAAAGGAAUGAUUGGGAACCCCCGGACAAGAAGGUGGAUACCAGAAAAUAUCGGGCAGAGCCAAAGAGCAUUUACGACUACCAGCCAGGAAAGUCCUCUGUUUUGGAUAAUGAAAAGAUGACUCGGGAUAUAAGCCCAGAAGAGAUAGAUUUAAAGAAUGAACCUUGGUAUAAAUUCUUUUCGGAAUUGGAGUUUGGGAAACCGACUGAUCUAGAAAAAGACAUUUACCUCUACCAGACUGAGUUAGAGGCAGAUUUAGAACAAAUGGAGAAGCUUUAUAAAGCGCCAGAUAAAAAGCCACCGAAGAGUACAGCAAGCAGCACUCCUCUGGAAACGUCUUCAGACCACUCAUCCUACUCAGCCUAUUUACCCUGCUACCAGGCAGCAAGGAGAGAGCUGGAACCAGCACCAGCGGACCCUGCUGGCUUGGAGAAUGAAAGGCAGAUUUACAAAAGUGUGCUGGAAGGUGGUGAUAUCCCGCUGCAGGGGCUAAGUGGUCUCAAGCGUCCUUCUAGCUCUGCUUCCACUAAAGAUUCAGAAUCACCAAGGCAUUUUGCACCAGUCGAUUACAUGGAAACUCCAGAAGAAAUUACUCGUAGACGUCAUGAUGAUAAAGAGAAACUUUUAGAGGACCAGAGACGACUUAAACGUGAGCAAGAAGAAGCUGAUAUUGCAGCUAGAAGGCACACAGGGGUUAUUCCAACGCACCAUCAGUUUAUCACUAAUGAGCGGUUUGGGGACCUCCUAAAUGUAGACGAUACAGCAAAGAGGAAAUCUGGGUCAGAGAUGAGACUUGCUAGAGCCAAGUUUGACUUCAAAGCACAGACAUUAAAGGAGCUUCCUCUGCAAAAAGGAGACAUCGUUUACAUUUACAAGCAGAUUGACCAGAACUGGUAUGAAGGAGAACACCAUGGCAGAGUUGGCAUCUUCCCACGCUCCUACAUAGAGCUACUUCCGCCUGCUGAAAAAGCCCAGCCCCAAAAGCUGGCCCCGGUGCAAGUUUUAGAGUAUGGAGAUGCUGUGGCUAAAUUUAACUUUAACGGGGAUACUCAAGUGGAAAUGUCAUUCAGAAAGGGCGAAAGGAUCACGGUGAUUCGGCGAGUUGAUGAGAACUGGUACGAAGGGAAAAUUUCUGGUACCAACCGCCAAGGCAUCUUCCCUGUCACUUACGUGGACGUGCUCAAGCGGCCACUAGUGAAGAAUGCUGUUGAUUACCCUGAGCUGCUGAUGUCUCACUCCCCUAAUCGCAGUACAACGGCUUCCCCGCAGCCUUCUCCCCAUUCACUGAGAGCAGGACCAGAUCUCACAGAGUCUGAAAAGAGCUAUGUGCAACCUCAAGCACAUCAACAAGGAGCCAGCCCCGACAGGAGUCAAACACCAGGAGACAUACUUAGCUAUCAAGCCCUGUACAGCUAUAUUCCCCAGAAUGACGAUGAGCUGGAGCUAAGAGAUGGAGAUAUUGUAGAUGUCAUGGAGAAAUGCGACGAUGGCUGGUUUGUGGGUACGUCUCGGAGAACAAGACAGUUUGGCACUUUCCCAGGCAACUACGUGAAACUGCUGUGCCUCUGAAACAGUCAUGCACCCGCAACGCUGAUUAGUAUUGUUUACCGGACAACAUUUAAGUAGCAAAGACCUUUGAAAUCAGACAGUUUAUUAAUGUAAUAAAUGAGAGAUGAGAAGUGGAAUGGGAAUGUGGUUAUGUGGUACAGUUCUGGGUUGAAUGUGCAGGCCUGGGUCUGGGUGACGCUGGACUUACUGUUCUUGUUUGCUGAAGGAAAGAGACAAAGUUUCUAGUUUACAAUGCUGCCUUUGUAGCUCUGAGUUCUGAGGACAGAGCUUAGUUUUCAUGCUUUUCAUUGAGUACUUACCUCUGAGACAGAGUUUGGGGAAGCAGCAGAAUAGAGUGUGUGAUAGGUUUUGCUUGUGUGAGAGAAAAAGCAAUGGGAACUGUGAUGCAUUGAGGCAACAUGCAGCUCUGUAGCUGCUCCCUCUCUAUAAUUGAGGGAGGCCUUCUCUGAGAUUACCCCCAUCUGCAAGGUAAUUUUCACUCUGCCUCCACUUUCAUUCUCAAUUCUUUCUUCGUGAUGUGCACCUUAACGUACAUGGCAGGCAGAGAACGGUUUAUAUGAUUAGACUAGGUAGCAUAUGAGGAGGGGCUUUGAACUAACAGUUUAAUCCAGAGCAAUCAGCCAAAAAAAACCCUCAAUUUUGGUAAUAUUCUGCUUCAUAAUAUCCACCCCUGCAGGUUUUUCUGUGUGUGUGUGUAUAUGGGUGAGCAUAUUGUGUGCAUAGAAAUGAACAGGGUCACAAUUUCCAUGAGGAAUCAACCCAGAUUUUACAAAAACGGAACACAAAUAAUGGAAAAUUUAGGGGGCACAGAUCCUGUUUGCAAAUCCCAUGGCUGUUUUCCCCCUAAAUGUUGCGCUGAACGACUGCACACAUUUUGAAGUAUACUCUUUGCAAUAAAGACUUUAUUUUUCCCUGGUAUUCUAGCGUAGAGAUUCGGAUUGAUGCUAGCAAAAUAUUAUUGAGCUUGCUUUUUUUUUUGUUGGUGGUGGUUCUUGAUCAGGCUGUCUCCUAAUAAAACUAGCAAGGCAAACCAAUUUGUAAAGCUGUGUUUAUACAGCUAUUACCAGCUGCAUAUAUUUGUACUUUUUUGAAAAAACACGGCUUGCCCACAGACUUGCCCGUAAGUCAAAAAUAAAUGUUCUUUGAUAGAAAUUCUAUUUCAAAAAGAAAAAAAUCUAGAUAAAACCAGUUGCAUCAGACUGCUUCCUACAUUUCCAGUACAAAUAGCAAAAGUUAAGAUUGCUAUUUUGGCAUCAGCCAUAUUUAAUAAUAGAAAAUGCCUAUUUUUAUGCCGAUGCUUUUAUACAAACUGAUUAACAGUAACUGCAACUAAAUGUUAGCAUGACUUGCAAUACGUUUUGAUAAAUUAGCCAUACUCCUGGGUUUAAAAACACUUAUCUUUCGCUGAGAUCACCGGAAGAGAAGACUCAAAGUGCUUCGGAAGUAUGAUUGUAAAUAUGUAUAUUUAACUUUGUACAGACAAUGUACUUACCUUGUAUAGAAAAAAAUAAUUUAAACAAAUUGUGCAGGAAGUCAGACUAGAUGAUCAUAAUGGUCCCUUCUGACCUUAAAGUCUAUGAGUCUAUGGAUGAAAGGAGGAAAAAAGGCAGUUAUGAAAGUUUUUUUUCCCCAUUUUUAUUUAAAUGAAGGAAUUCUAUGUAAGUUCACAUGAAGAGUUUUAGCACAAAAUAUCCACUCUAAACCAGAUACAAAUACAACACAAAGCACCAUUAUAUUUUUGAGCAGGAGUGGGGGUAACUUCAAUCCUUAUCUUAUUUAUGGUUUUUGAUUUUCUGCUUUUGAGUUGCAUUCUUGUUAUCUGCAGCAAUAUUUAGACCUAUUGCUAGGACUGGAUCACACCUAAUUAAUCUACCCAACAAAGUAACAUGAUGAUAUUGACUGUAUAUAACCAGCUCAUUUAAAGGUUUAUUUUUGUUGCUGUUGCCAUUUUUAAUUAUAUACACACACAAACACACAAAAACAGCAAUUUAUUUUUGUGUUGAUUUUGGUUCCUUAUUGCAGUGGAUGACGAUUUGACAAUAAAUUGAAGGGCUG